CCCCCCAAUAUUUUAACCAAACAAACUGACAAAUAACAAACAAACUCCACUCACACUCCUCUGGCCUCUCCGCCGAUCCGCCACCACAAAUGUUGCCCUACGCCACCCUACACGACGCCGAAACCGCCAUUAACCGAUCUCUAACCACUGCCGAAACCCUAUGGUUCAACUACACCGCCACCACCUCCGAUUACGUCCUCUACUGCUACAACAUUCUCUUCCUCUUCCUCAUUUUCACCACCGUACCUCUCUUCUACCUCUUCACCGAACUCCUCUUUCGCGAUUAUGUUGCUGUCUACAAAAUUCAACCGAAAGUUAGGUUUUCGGUGAACGAUUACUUCAAAUGUUAUUCAGAUGUAAUGCGCAUGUUUAUUCUCGUCGUUGGACCGCUGCAGCUUGUGUCUUAUCCGUCGAUUCGAAUGAUUGGCGUUCGGACAAGCUUGCCCUUACCGUCACUAAUGGAGAUAACAUCUCAAUUGAUAGUCUACUUUCUAAUUGAGGACUAUACUAAUUAUUGGAUCCAUAGGCUUUUUCAUUCUAAAUGGGGAUAUGAGAAAAUUCACAAGGUUCAUCAUGAAUACACAGCACCUAUAGCGUUUGCAGCACCAUAUGCGCAUUGGGCGGAGGUAUUGAUCCUUGGGAUCCCAUCUUUUCUGGGCCCCGCAAUUGUUCCAGGCCACAUGAUUACAUUCUGGUUGUGGAUUGCCUUGAGGCAGAUUGAGGCCAUUGAGACUCACAGUGGGUAUGAUUUUCCAUGGACGUUAACCAAAUACAUUCCCUUUUAUGGUGGUGCGGAUUACCAUGACUAUCACCAUUAUGUCGGAGGCCAAAGCCAAAGCAACUUUGCAUCCGUCUUCACUUACUGUGACUACAUAUAUGGAACAGACAAGGGCUACAGGUACCAUAAGAGACUCCUGCAACAGUUACGAGAUGACUCAAAAAGCAAUGGUGGAUCAAAUGCUUCGGGGCCAGAUAACAAAAUGGAGUGAUCACGACAAAACCGAGAGCAAUCUGGUUUGCGUUUUUCAGAAAUUUUAGCUCUCUUCUAGUGUGACCAAGUCAUUUAGCUCUUUAUGAUAUCUUGUGCCAUGGAUAUUUUGUGUUUCAAACCCAAAUGACAUUCUCUUGUUAAAAAAUUUCAUUAACCGAUUAGUUUUAGUUACAAGCGAUUUGGUUCUUUUAGUUAUAA